GCCCUCGUGCUGCCGUUUGGAUUGAAACCAACGUUUUCGCAACGCCAAAUUUCCCGCAGCUUCCUUCGCCGAUUUUUUGGCGAGCCCGACAUUGACGGGGCGGACUGAGGCGUGAUCCAAAUCGGAGAAAAGAAGGAAGAAAACAGACAUAACAGAUCGAUUGAGCGGACGCAAUAGCAGCAGAGAGGAAACCCUGAUUGGUCGAGCGGCGCGCCGGAGAUGGAGCUCAGCGACAGCGAGCUGGCGGGGGUGAAGAGCUACAGAGAGUACAUCGAGUUGAUGGAGAAGAAGGAGGAGGAGAAGAAGGAGCAACUUCGUAAAGACUGCGAGAUUAAGCACAAGCGGACAUAUGGGGAGCAGGAGAUUGAGGAACACCGUGAAGGCAGCAGGUCCUUUUGUUCCUUACCUUCGCCUUCCCGCGUCGAGGCAGAUUCUCAAUAUGGUCUUCCCAGGAAAUCCUUGCAGAUCUUCUCCAUCAAAGUCACCGACCUAAAAUAUGGUCUCAGCUGGCCACUGCAGGUUUAUGGCUCUGUUGCUUUCAGGAACUCGGUAGAACCUAAAGUAAACUAUCUCUUCAGAUGCACCAGGGAUAACUGCCAAACCCUCACUCAGAAGGAUCCAUUUUUGCGCUUAACAGGCCCGUCUCGUGCCAUUUGGUUACUUGACACGGUUUUCAUUGAUGUUCAGUUAAAAGUAAAGUGCAAAAAAGAGUCUGAAGAUGAAGUGCUGACUUACAAUUUUUCUGAUUUCCACGAACUUUUCCCUUUUGAUCCUUCCAAACAUGUGACACGAAGACCUAUUCCCUGCAAGCGCUGCACGCUUGAGCUUGAUUUGGCGAUGCUGCCUUCGUCAGUCGAGGCCACUGUGGGUGUCCGAGUUGUCGAUGGGUCAUGGCCUGAUCAGUUGCCGGGGCUGGUUGCUUGCAGUACCGACGGUGUAAAAGGAGGGAAAGUGGCGCUGCUUGAUUUUCAAGAUGGAAAACUGCCUGCCAAGUCUGAUGGUGUGGUUGAGCUUGUGAGGCGUGUUGUUUCCGUAGAUUACCCAGGGGGAAAACUGAUUGUUUCUGUGGAGGCCUCUCGGGAUGGGUUUUCUGCACAAUGUACAGUCGAGUUCGAGAUGCAAGUGUCGGGAAGAAGUACUGACAUGUGUGAUCUUAUUUUCUGCAAGAUGGAGGUUACAGUUUGUUGGUCUACUCUUCUUGUGCAAAAUAUCCUUGAAUAGCCAGCUGUUGAACAAUUUAUUUAUGUAUUGUGAAGUUAUGGUACCCUCUGCAUACCUUUUUUUUUCAGCUUUACUAAUUUUCAGACGUCUGUUUUUAAUUUGGCUUUAGGCCGUUUUUGUGGCCGUCGGAUGCACACGAACUUGGCGCUGCUCGGUCUGUCCAUCUUAUGUGGCGCGUACCGGGCUUUUUCAGUUCUUGUUUGGGCUAAUAAUGGACUGGGCGCGGGGGCCGUCUGUAUACCCGAAUCCGCUUUAUGGCCGUCGGCGAACAGCGUCGAGAGGCUGGCGAGAGGUCAUGGAGAGAGGGAAGGUGCCGGCGAGCAGCCCUAGGAAGAGGGAGUCUAGCUGCCGCGGAGUACCGAGAGGAGGCCGGCGGAGUUUUUCCGUCAGUCCAGGCGUUCGCCGGUGUGGUCGGAAUCAGUCGCCGGCGCCGGUCGGGCGGGAGGUUCAGAGAAGUAAAGCAUUUCAACGGGUUCAUUUCAUUUUGUGUUGGGCCUGCCAAACAGUGCUGCUUUAGUGACACAAGACAAGGAGUGUGGAAGGAAUUUCAUUAUGUCUCGUUUCAGGUUGACUGAGAUGGCAAGCAUAACUUUCUUUGGAGACAUGCUCACAUAUUUCAUUUCCGCUCCCUAUUUUUUCAUUUCCUCUCAUUUCUCUCUCCGACGAACUCUUCAUCUCCUUCACCAACAUCUCCUCCCUUUCGCAGGAGGAAGAAGUAGGGGAUUUCCUAGGCAUACGCCUUCUGGUGUUCCACGGGUAGUGUAUGUGGUUUCUCUUUUUCAGUUAGUCCUCUUCAUAUCUUCAUAUUCAUUUUGUAUGUAUUUUCCUAAAGUUUUUAUGUUUUAGAUCUUAAUUCUCUGCUAGAUGUGUUUGAUUUUCGAUUUUCAGUUCAUUUUCUUAGUAUUUUGGCAUCAUUUUUUCUCAUAUUGAGGGAUUUUCUUCUGUUUAUUCUGGUAAAUCUACUCACCCUAGUUCAGUUUUCAUAUAUAGUAAAUUUCCUCUGUUAUUUCUGUUAUUAAUACCGAUUUUUGUAUAGGUGUUUGAUUCAUCAUUUAGGUUUGUGAUAAAAGAAUGAUAGUUUAGUCAUCUUCUACUGGAGAAUAUUCAGUCUCUCUUUUAUGUUUUCAGUCUGUUUCAUUUACUUGGUUCAUGGUUCAUUCCAUCAGUUUCAGAGUUAUUUUUGCAAGUAGUUUCAGAGUUAUGUGUCAUUUCUUCAGUCUUUAGUCUUUGUUUCUAGUUCUUAGUCUUCGGAGCUAGUUAUAAGUACCCCUCUAAGGAUCAAUAUCUUUUAGUUAUUAGUCGUCAAUAACCCUAAGGAUCGGCACUCAUGUCUUGGUUAUCAGUCUUUAUUCUUUUUCUGUAUUUCUUGGUUCAGUACGUGUCCAUAGUUAUUCAGUUUUCAGUCGUGUAGUUAUUUUUGUAAGUCUUUUAUUAUGUUGUGAUUAACUUUGGUCAUUGUUCAGAUUUUCUUCAGAUUAUUGUAGUAUUUUCGUUUUUCAUUCAGUCGUUAGCUCUUCAGUUCAAUUAAUAAUUUCACUUAAUCAUCAGUUUCUCUCUAUUCUUCAGUUCUCCAAUUAGCUUGUGUUCAGUUAUGUGUAGUGUGUGCUUCAAUCAGUGAAGAAAUUCAUCCUCAGUUUUCUGUAGGUGUGUUUCAUUUUGUCCUAUGGUGUUCAGUCUUUCAUUCUAUCAUUAAUCUUUUUUUCAUUAGGUUGCCUUCAGUUUCAGGGUUCUCUGCUGCCCACUGUUAUUCAAUCUUGUCCUUUUCAGUCAAUGUCUUCAGUUAAUUCUAUCAUUAAUCUCUUUUUUUCCAGUGUUUCAUUUUGAGUGAAUUUUUCUUCCAGUGCAAAUUAUUUUAGUCAUGUCCUAUGUUAUUGUCAGUCUUCUUUCUAGUGGAUUUUUCUUCAGUAAUCUAUUUCUUUUUUUAGUCUUCAGUUCAAGUGUGGCAACCAUGCAUUAGCUUCUUAUUCAGAUCACUAGUUAUCACUAUAGAUCAGGGUGUGUGUGGGCAGUCUUUAGUUUUAGGUUAUUAGAACUACUUCUCAGGAGAAGCAUUUAGCUCGUCGCGGUUUAGUUUUUGAUAGUUUAGCCAUUAUCUUCAGUUUUAUAAUCCAGUCAUUUGUUUUUGUAGUCAGUCCAGAUCUAUCUAUUUUAAUUUUAGUUUUUAUAAUCCAUCAUUUCCUACUUACCAUUUAUCCCUUUGUGUUAUACUUUCCUUUCAUUCUCAUUCAUCAUUUUCUGAAGUGCACACAUAAUUUGCAAGUCAUUCUUCAGCCUUUGGUGCUGGGUCUUGUAGGACAACAACCCUCGUCUGUUUAUGUUUCCCAGUCUACGAAAUUGCACGGCUCUUCUAGGAUGACAAUCCCUUUAUUUCAGUACUUAUAUCAUCUAUCUCUCAAGCCUUCGGUUUGUCAUUGUUCAGUCUCCAAUCUCUUUUUCUUCAGUCCCAUCCUGGAUAAUCAUCAGACAAAUCAGUACACAUGUAUGCUCUAAGUGAUAGGCAUGUAUGACUCUGCAGACCCUAUGUUUUUGCUCACUGUGUCACUUCUGUUUAUCUCCUAGAUUUGUUUUCAGUGCUUACUUCUUGAUAAUUAUUGUGUGGAGUCGCCAGGUUGGCUGGAGGAGCAUCUACUUCUGACAGUUCAGUUUUGUCAGUUUAGCCAUUUAUCUUUUUUAGUUUUAGUUUAAUUAUAGGAAUAUAGGUACCAUAUUCGGCUCAAGUUCAGUGUUUGUUUAGUUUUCGGGUUAUGAUACCAUAUUUGGUUCUAGUUUAGUGGGAAUAUGAUACAUUUCAAGGUAGUUUUCUGUCUCCAGAUUGCGGCGGAUGGUCUGGCUGGCAUACAUCUGGGAACAGGGAGGAUCACCACUGAUGUGCACUCCCUCCGUUCCUAAAUAUAAGUCUCUGUAGAGAUUCCACCAUGGACUACAUACGGAUGUAUAUAGAUGCAUUUUAAGUGUAGAUUCACUCAUUUUGUUCCGUAUGUGGUCCAUAGUGGAAUCUCUUCAAAGACUUAUAUUUAGGAACCGAGGGAGUACAAGACUUGCAUGGACAGUCGAGUUGAAUUUAAAAUGGGGUGGAAGGAGUUUCUGUUUGAGAAGGAGUGGUGAUGGUGUACUAAUCACCAUCAGGCGAAACACAUUUUGAGGAGUUCAAAUUGAUCAUGAUCAUCAAGAGUUGCUACAGUUUAGUCAGGAGGCCAUGCGCACUCCUGUUUUUUUAUUGUUACAGUCGAUGGAACAAUAUGUAAUCCAGUGGAUGUUUUGUUAUUUAUUUAGCUUUUCAAGCUACAUGAAUAAGUAUUUUGUCAGUUGAA